ACUAUUGAAUAGAGACACAGAGCAAACAUUUCUGGAUUUCUACUCUAUCAACUUAAUUAGUUUUCAUCAUUUUAGUGCAGCAAUGGGUUGUGUAAAACUUGUAUUUUUUAUACUAUAUACCUUUCUCUGUCAACUUGUUUUCUCCUCAGCGUUACCUCAUUUGUGCCCCGAAGAUCAAGCUCAUGCUCUUCUGCAAUUCAAGCACAUGUUUACCUUUAAUCCUAAUGCUUCUGAUGAUUGUUACGAUACAAGAACUCUUUCAUGGAGCAUGAGCACAGAUUGUUGCUCAUGGGAUAGAGUUCUGUGUGACGAGACGACUGGACAAGUAAUUGAGCUUGACCUCUAUUGCAGCGGACUUCAAGGCAAAUUUUAUUCCAACAGUAGCCUGUUUCAGCUCUCCAAUCUCAAACGUCUUGAUUUGUCUCGUAAUGAUUUUUCUGGGUCGCUCAUUUCUCCUAAAUUCGGUGAGUUAUCUAGCUUGACGCAUCUUGAUUUGUCACAUUCAGGUUUUACAGGUGUAAUCCCAGCUGAAAUCUCUCACCUUAAUAAAUUAUACUUUCUUUAUAUAUCAACUGUUGAUCCGUAUGGGCUUAGACUUGGGCCUUACAAUUUUGAACUGCUCCUUAAGAACCUGACGCAAUUAAGAGAGAUUUACCUUGACUCUGUGAACAUCUCUUCAAUCAUCCCUUUAAAUUUCUCUUCUUAUUUAACAUAUCUAUGGCUUCGACGCACACAGUUACGUGGGGUACUGCCUGAAAGAGUUUUCCACCUUUCUUACCUUUCUUUGUCAUCCAAUUCCCUAAAUGGUCCAAUUCCAUCUAACGUAAGUGGACCCCAAAACCUGCAAAGACUCUACUUGUCAUCAAACUACUUGAAUGGGACUAUACCUUCCUGGAUAUUCUCCCUCCCGUCACUAUCUGAUUUAUACUUGAGGAAUAACUCUUUCAGUGGCAAAAUUCACGAGUUCAAGUCAAAAACAUUGCUUUACGUUAGUCUAAAACAAAAUCAGCUGCAAGGUCCUAUUCCAAAGUCACUCCUAGACCAGCAGGAACUAUAUUAUCUUAUCCUUUCUCAAAAUAAUCUCAGUGGACAGAUUGCUUCAACCGUCUGCAAUCUGAAAACACUGAGAGUGCUAGACUUGGGAAGCAAUCAUUUGAACGGAACAAUCCCACAUUGUUUGGGUGAGAUGAGUGGACUUAAGGUUUUGGAUUUAAACAACAAUCGUCUCAGUGGAACAAUUAAUACAACUUUUAAUACUGAAAACCAACUUCGCAUCAUUAACUUGUACGGGAAUAAACUAAAGGGGAAAGUUCCGCCAUCGUUGAUCAAUUGCAGAUAUUUGGAAUUCCUUGAUUUAGGCAACAAUGAGUUGAAUGACACAUUUCCAAGUUGGUUGGGAGGCCUUCCUUAUUUGCGGAUUUUAAGUUUGAGAUCAAAUAAGUUGCAUGGCCCUAUAAAAGAUUCAAGGACAAACAACUCGUUUGCUCAAAUUCGAGUUAUAGAUCUCUCAUCCAAUGGAUUUAGUGGAAAAUUACCAGUGAGCCUUUUCGAGAAUUUUCAAGCCAUGAAAAUCAUUGGUGAGAACAGUGGAACCCGAGAGUAUAUUGUAGAUGAUUAUUCUAGUUCUUACGCGAAUACUUUGAUAGUUACAACAAAGGGACUGGAUCUUGAACUUCCUCGAGUUUUGACCACAAACAUAAUUAUCAAUCUCUCAAGGAAUAGAUUUGAAGGUUAUCUCCCAAGCAUUAUUGGAGAUCUCGUUGGACUCCGUUCGCUGAACCUAUCUCAUAAUGGCUUGGAAGGUAUUAUACCAGCAUCAUUGCAACAUUUAUCCGUACUUGAAUCUUUGGAUCUCUCAUCCAACAAAAUAGGCGGUGAAAUUCCACAACAGCUUGUAUCCCUCACAUCACUUGAGGUCUUAAAUCUCUCUCACAAUCAGUUCGUUGGAUGCAUUCCCCAAGGAAAACAAUUUGAUACGUUUGAUAACAGUUCGUACCUAGGGAAUGAUGGGUUGUGUGGAUUUCCCCUCUCAAAAGAUUGUGGUGGCGAUGAUGGGGUACCGCAAGCGACAACUCCAGUUGAGCUAGAUGAUGAAGAAGAAGAAGAAGGAGAUUUGAUAAGUUGGCAAGCGGUUCUCAUGGGUUUCGGUUGUGGUCUGGUUAUUGGAUUGUCCAUAAUAUACAUAAUGUUGUCAACUCACUAUCCAAUCUGGUUUUCGAGGAUGGUUGUACGAUUUGACAACAUAAUUGCUGCGAGAAUGAAAAGGCACAAGAAAAGAUAUUAGUGCGUAACUUCCACGUAUUCAACUUAAUCUCUAUCCUUCAUAAGAUUACAUUUUAUUUAUCUAUGUAUUUUCUACCUCCUUCAUCCUUAAAGCUCUCAACUUUAAUUCUUUGUUUUUGGAAUUUGAGGACGAAAUCUAUCGAGUUGCUGGGAUGCAAAGAGAAAUUUUUACUUUUCUAGUUUGUAAUUUUUGUUACAUAUUCAGCCUGAUUAUUAGUUUGCUAAUUGGAAUCGACCACAAAGUAUAAAUAUAUGAAGUUGUCUUAUCUUUUUCU